AUGGAGAAGAAGGAAAAGAACAACCCACAUCAAACCAUGGAUUUCCCUCAAGAUUUCAGGUGUCCCAUUUCAAUGGAGAUCAUGAAAGAACCUGUGACAAUCUCAACAGGCUUCACAUAUGAGAGAAAGAACAUUGAAAAAUGGUUCUUUACCUACAAGAAGACGACAUGCCCAACCACAAUGCAAGUCAUUCAUAAUUUUGAUACCACACCAAACCAUACUCUCAAGAGGCUCAUCCUAGCAUGGCAAAAUAGCCUCUCUCAAUCUUCUUCUUCACCACUACCAUCACCCAAGCACGACGAGCUAGUAUCUCUCCUCAACACUAUCGAGUCGACACCAUUCAAGGUGAGUUCUCUCAAGAAACUCCGAUCCAUCGUUGAAACUGACGAUGAAAUGCAUGAUCAUGUUAAGAAAUCAGGUGGGGUUGAAUUGCUUGUUAGGAUUGUAAUUCAAAUUCUAUCAGAAACCUCGGAUUUUAUCGCUUUUAGAGCUUCUGAGGAAGCUCUAGGUGUUUUGCAUCAUCUCUUAUUAUCAGAAGAAGAUGAAACAAAGACAAUUCAGAUGUUGUCAAAGCCGGAAUCAGUGAAAUCAAUGGCCAUCAUGCUUCAGAGAGGAAGUGCAGAGGCUAGGUUUUACGCCAUUUCGAUAUUCCAAAAGAUGGCGAAAACCGAUUAUAAUUGGAGCUUUGUUUUGAAAGAUCAAGGCAUGGAUUUGUUUAAAUCCAUGUUAGAGCUUGCUUCAGAUGAGAUAUGCACAAAAGCAAGUUCGUGUUCUUUACAAGUUCUUAUAGAGAUUCUGAGUUCAUCCAAAAAAAGCAGACUAAAAGCAAUCGAAGCCGGUGCCAUAUGUGUUCUCAUUGAUCUUCUUCCUGAUUCCAACCGAUCCAAAUGUGAGAAAAUUAUGCAGUUAAUCAAAUUACUUUGUGAAUGUGCUGAAGGGAGAUUGGCUUUUAUUGAGCACGGUCUAGGCAUCGCUGCGGUGUCAAAAAAAAUGUUACACGUGUCAGAUGUCGCGACAAAGAUUGGAGUGAAGAUCUUGUGGUUGAUCUGUAGUUUUCAUCACACAGAGAGGGUUGUGGAGGAAAUGUUGAUGUUUGGUGCUGUGAAAAAGCUGGUGGCAUUGUUGCAUAUCGGUGGGCGGUCGUCGACAAAGAACAAGGUGGUGAAGAUCUUGAAGUUAAAUGUGAAUUCAUGGAGGCGUUACCCUUGUUUUCCUAGUGAGUUGAAGAAGUAUUUGGGUUUAAUGAAUGAUUCUUGCUAA